AUGAUUCGCUUGAUCAACAUUGAGACGUUGAAGCUGGAGACGUUCUCUGGCAAAAAUAUUCCCAAAUAUACUAUCCUAUCCCACACCUGGGGCCCCGAUUCAGAAGAACUCACUUUCGAUGACUUCCAAAAAGGAAUAACCGACAAGCCAGGUGUCGGAUCCAUCAAGCUCAAGGGAUGUUGUGAUCAAGUCAAAAAAGACAACACCAAAGAAGAAAAAGAAGAAAACAAAGUGCAAUAUGUCUGGAUUGACACUUGCUGCAUCGACAAAUCAAGCUCGUCAGAAUUGCAGGAGGCUAUCAACGCCAUGUUUGAUUGGUAUGCCGAUGCUUCUGUCUGUUAUGCCUAUUUAUGGGAUGUCCCUGAAGAUGACAAGCCACCGUCUGAUCGUGAAUCCAAGUUCUUCACUAGUCGAUGGUUCACAAGAGGGUGGACUCUACAAGAGCUUCUCGCACCAAAGGAAGUACGUUUCUACAAUACAGAAUGGAAACCCAUAGGCGACAAAAUCACACUGAACCGUACUAUCGAGGACAUAACUGGCAUCUCAUGGCUGGUUCUGAAAGGUAUCGACAAAAUACAGAAUGCAAGCGUUGCACAACGUAUGUCAUGGGCGGCGCGAAGAGAAACAACGAGACCUGAAGAUCUCGCAUAUUGUCUGUUAGGCAUCUUUGACAUACAUAUGCCGAUGCUAUAUCCAGAGGGUGGUAAAGAUGCCUUCUUCCGGCUGCAGGAUCUGAUUAUGAGAAAGACCGGGGAUGAUUCCAUCCUGGCAUGGGACCACAACGAGUCCCCCGACUACCCGAAUCGGAUUACUAGCGGGGAGAUAUUCGCAGUCAGCCCGGCAUAUUUCGCCAACUCUGGAAAGAUUGUGGCCCGAAAGCCCGAGCGCAUUUUCAGCGAAAUCAAUGUGCUUGGCGGUAGGCUUGGCAUCAAUUUGCCGCUCCAUAUGACUGAGUCUGGUGAAUUGUUUGGAUUGCUUAACUGUGGACCUAAAUCG